UCAUUCAUUCAUUCAUUCAUUCAUUCAGUAUUACUGAUUGUUCAUAUUAGUCUGAUUGGAAAACUGAAUCUUGAUCAAAAUAAAAAAAAAUAAAACAGUAGUAGUUUGUUGGUUCUAAUUGAACUAUGAAUGCUUAGAAUGUUUGUUUUUCUUUCUUUCUUUCUUUGAACUUAAAUUAUAAAUGUAAAUUUCAUGAAUUCAUUGUUUACAUAGGUCAACAAACAUACUACUUAUAAUGAGUUUCCUAAAAGAAGUAUCAUUAUUUUAAAAGUACCAAUGCUAUAUCAUAAUUUCAAUAAAGGACAUAUUAAAAGGUUUUUAUUUAUUCAUAUAGAAUAAUUUGAAACUGAUAUUGUGGUUUAAUCAAUGGAUUCACAUUGAUUAAUGAACAUUUCAUUUUAGUAUAUAAACAAGAUAAUGAAUUUAAUGAAAUACAUAACAUCAUCCAGUAGUAGUACUUCAUCAAGAUUAUCAAAGUGUUCAAUGGCAGUGAUAUAUUCUUUAAGAUAUAUCUUAUUAUUAUUAUUAUUAUUAUGUUUGAAUUGUUUAUUGACAUUUGUUAAAAAUGAAUAUACUUGUCAACUUAUGCCAAAUAUCACUAUGAAUUUUGGUGUCUUAGGUGAACCGAUUGAUAAACGUCAAUAUGGGGGUAAUCGAUUGAAGUUUAUAACGAUAUACAGUUCAAGUAUAGAAAGACAUCCAUUAUUUCAUCGGUUCAAGAGGGAAGUAGUAGAAGUAGCUCUUGAAUUCUGGCAAAGAGCAUUGAGUGUAAGAAAACCACCAAACAGAAAGCUACUUGCAGAAAGAGGAUGUGUUGAACCAUCAUACUUUAGAGAUGGAAAUACGGGUAAAUUAUUUUGUAAAUCCCGUUGCAGACCAAAAGCUCUGUGCUAUGACCAUCCAAUUCCAGAUGAAUAUGCUACCGGAUGCUCUGAAGGACCUAGUGCUGGAUCUCUUAGAGAUGUUUAUCGUGAUGGUUCAGGAUUUGCACCAAAUGAAUAUGUUGUUUUUGUUGGAAGUGAAAAUAAACAUGGAUGCUUAUCAGGUGCAACAUUAGCUUAUGCUGGUCCAUGUGAAAUGCAUCCUACAACUGAUAGACCAAUUAUGGGAGCGAUUAACUUUUGUCCACAAAAGAUUCAAAUAGAAGAACCAGGUAAAACUAUGUUGAUUGGUACAGCUAUUCAUGAAAUGGCUCAUGCUAUGGGAUUCUCUAAGUCGAAUUUCGCUUUGAUGCGUGAUCGAGACGGUAAACCAUUGACACCAAGAGAUCCUAGAACAGGCAAACCAAGAAUGAAUCCUCAGAGGCAGUAUGAUGCAAGUGAAAAUACUGUUAAACGUAUUGUUCGUCCUUGGGUUACAGCGGCUGGAUCUUUUAUAAAACCUUUCUUAUCAUUUGUUACACCGAUAUUACUGGCGGAAGGACGCAAACAUUACAACUGCCCUACCUUGGAUGGGAUCGACAUAGAGAAUGAAGGUGGAGAAGGAACAGCUGGUUCACAUUUUGAAAAGCGAACAGUUGGUGAUGAAACAAUGGCUGGUGUGACAGGAGUGAAAACUGUACUUUCAAGAUUAACAUUAGCAUUCUUCGAAGAUUCUGGCUGGUGGGAUGUCGAUUAUUCAGUAGCUGAAGAAUGGUAUUAUGGAAAGAAUUUAGGUUGUACCUUCGUCAUGGGAAGCUGUUACGCAUAUAUGACUCAAAUGAAGCAAGCAGGGAAAGGCAUAGAACCUUACUGUGAUGAAAUGAGUUCUUUGAUGUGCUAUCAUCAGAAAGCUUUUGGAGUUUGUGCUAUGGGACAAUUCAUGGGUUAUUUACCACCACAAGAACAAUAUUUCAGAAAUUCUCCUGAUGUUGGAGGUACCGGUGCAUUGAUAGAUAAAUGUCCUAUCAUUCAGCCAAUGAAGACAUUUUUCCAAGAAGAUCUCAUGACCUACUGUGAUCAUAGUUUAAAUAUUCCAUUUGCACAAAGAGGAAAUAUGUUUGGUCAAGCUUUUGGGAAUAAUUCAGUAUGCAUUCCACACAAAGGACCAUGGAGAGCUGAAAUGAAUGGUAAAGCGACACAAGAUCCUCGAGUGAAAGCAACAUGUCAUCAUAUCACAUGUUUAGGUGGUGUCCAAGUCGUUGUUGAUGGUAAAAAGUUUCCAUGUACUGCUGGUGUAGCCAAAGUAAAAACGGAUCGAAUUGAUGGAGAAGCACUUUGCCCUAAUGUUAAUGAUGUUUGCAGAGCAUAUAGAAAAUGAUGAACAAUUCAAUAACUCCACUAUUAAGAACCAGUAACUAUGGAUACUUAAUACAUUUUAAUUACUUUCAUUAAUAAUUAUGUUUCAUUCAUUAACUCUAUGCAAUGUUUAUGUAUGAAUUAUUCAAUCUAUAAAU